UCCCAGUAACAAGAUCUCCCAACUUAUCAGUUCGUUCCCGAAUUCUUGCGGUGCACGAAAUGUGUUCGGCGUGUUAGUUUUACUUUGUUAGUGUUGUUUGUUUCCUAUUUUUCAUGACAGUUUAGUGAAUUUUCAGUUUUUCUCGCUGUUAUCCGUCUUCCCGUAGGAUAAUGGAUGUGUUUCGUGCUGUGGCCCACGAGUUUUGGAAGCCCUCUAUUUGGCUUCCUCCUAACAUCACAUGGGAGGAUCUGAAAUCCACCCCUGAAAUUCAGUAUGCUGACUACAGGCAUCUAAUUUACCCUCUUCCCAUGGCGUUUUUAUUCCUAUUGACGAGAUACAUACUCGAAAGAAUCUGGUUCAGUCCUGUUGGAGUAUCUCUAGGAAUCAAGAAUGCUAAGCACAAGAACGCACCUUCCAAUGUAGUCUUAGAAAAAGCAUAUGCUGCCAACUCUAAGUGGAAGCAUAAAGAAAUUACCGGACUGGCAAAACAGCUCGAUUGGUCAGAACGACAGGUUGAGUGGUGGUUGAGGCUCCGCAAGUCGCAUCAUAAACCAUCAACUUUGGUUAAAUUUUGCGAGUGUUUCUGGCGAGGAUUUUACUAUUUCUCUGCUUUUGUGUAUGGGAUGUAUGUGCUUUGGGACAAACCAUGGUUUUGGAACAUAGAUGCCUGUUGGUACAACUACCCAUAUCAGAAUGUUGAUGGUGAUAUAUGGUGGUACUAUAUGCUGUCAUUAUCAUUCUACUGGUCAUUGGCAAUAUCUCAAUUCACAGAUGUGAAGCGGAAAGACUUCUAUCAAAUGUUUGCUCAUCACGUCAUCACCAUAUUCCUCCUCAGUUUUUCAUACAUUUGCAAUUUCCACAGGAUAGGCUCUCUAGUCCUUGCAACGCAUGACGUUGCUGAUAUAUUCCUUGAGGGUGCCAAGAUGACGAAGUACGCUAAGUACCAGAAAACAUGUGAUAUUAUUUUUGCUGUAUUUACGGUCGUAUGGAUUCUGUCUCGUCUCGUAUUUUAUCCAUUGUGGAUACUCAAAAGCACUGCAAUAGAUGCUCCAGUGAUAGUCCAAACACCAAUGUUUCCGGCAUAUUACAUUUUCAAUGGAUUUUUAAUUCUGUUGCUCGGCCUUCAUAUUUUCUGGACUCAUCUCAUCAUGAGGAUUGUUUACAACAGUGUCAUGGCAGGGCAUAUGGAGAAAGACUUGCGGAGUGGAUCAAGUGACGAUGACUCAUCAGACGAUGUACCUUCCUCACCGACCAACAACCACAAAGCAACAGAAAACCAUCAGUCAAAUAAUCAUAGUCAUGGAGAUAGCUAGUCUUGAGGCACUCUGUCUAGUUAAGUUUUCUUUUUAUAAUUUUUUUCUUUUCUUCAUUUUGAAAAUGAAAUCCUAAUUUUUUCAACUUUCUAGUUUCUUGAUGAAGCAGUUUUAUUUCAUUCCGCCUCCACAACUUACAUUUGUACAAAACUCAUGUGUCAUUUUCACUGAAAGGUCAACUAAGUUUAGAUUUUAAGUGUAUGAAACGGUUGAAAGUAUUCGCUGAAAACCGUAUGGUAUAGACUGAUUCUUUGCCGAGGUUACUCAAGAAAUUAGUUGGUUACUUCAGAAAAACAGUAGUUAAAUAAGCUAUCAGACAAAUUGCAGGUUUGUAGAGUAACUGAUACAUUUUUUUCAUUAGAAUUUACCGUCAAGUUAGGUUUUUUAAAACAUUUUUAUCAUUAUUGGUAUGAAUUGGGAGAAAAUUCUAUUAUGCAGCCCUGCGUAAGAUCCCAUAGUACACCACCAAUCAAUCAUUAGACACCAAUCUGUGAAUUUUACGUGGCACUUUUUUCGUCAAAAAAUUUGUCAACCGUAACUUUCUGUUGAAGUCUGUGAGGAUUAAAAAUCCACAUAAUAAUGUCAUUACAAGGCAAAAAUAAUGAUAUUCUUGCUGAAGAAACAUUUACUAAUUCUUAAUACUUUUUGAACGAAGAGAUUCAGAUAUUUUUGCACAUACUAAUUUUCCAAAAAAGCUAUGUUUGUCUUUUUUCAAUUUCACCUACCUUCCCUUUUUUUAAUUUUCUACCUAUUCAUACACAUUUAUAUUUGGGGAGAUUGUUUUUCUUUUAAAGACUGUUCUUGGUUUUGUUAUCAUGAAAUCAUAAAGCGCAUUGAGGCUGCAGAAAUUUUGAACAAACAAAGUUUGCAAUGUAUCAAACAAUGAGCAUUGAAAUUUCUUUGAAAAAAAUUCAGUGCAAAGCAUUUCAGGACCUGUCAAAGCCGAAAAAUGUUAAUGUUUGUUUUGUUUUUAGAAUUGAUUUCUGAUAAGUUGUAAAAAAUAAGAUAUUCAAUAUCUUUUUUCUCUGAAAAUAACGAACACCUUGAUUCAGUCAGUGCUUGCAUUCCUGUGAAUAGUUUUUUUCAUCUCUUUUUAAACAAAAAAACAUCUGUUUUUUUACUGAGAAUGGCCCUUUUUUCCAUAGACAGAAUAUGCCAUUCUUGUGCAUAUUCCUCUCUGUUCAUCACACAAAGUUGUUCAUGAGUUCCAUUUUCUUUAACCAAGAAAUGGUAAUUCCAAUUUUUCUACCCUUAGCAGUCUGCCCCAUUAAUGUUUGGUUUCUUUUUUUAAAGAAGAAAGUUUUGCAUUUUUUACUAAAAUUUAAAUGGUUCUGUUUAAUUGAAAUGUUCUCUCAGAUAUUUUUUUUGACUCUGGCAGUCAAGGAAAAAAAAUUCCCCACAAAUGACUUUUCUACUGCUUCAAUUGCUCUUAUGAAUGUCGGAUUUUUAAUUUCUUCUAUGUUUUCUAGUGUUUUAAUGGCUAGGAAGUUGUUGGCACCGGCAGAAUCCAAAAUCUGAUUUUUUUUUUUUUUUUUUUUAAUUAAUUUAUUUUGUGAUAUUUGAAGCUUUGUUCUCUAAAAUUGCUUUCUUAACUUCUUUCCGUGUAAUGAUAAGCUCGCAUUUUGGUUUAGGCUUUUUAGAUCUCAAAAAUUACGUACACUUAAGACAUAACGCAUUGCUUUUACAAGCUUUAUUAUAAUUUGAAUAAUGUCAAAACUUUACCGGUUAUUUUUUUUAUAAGAUCUUUUUCAUAGUUCCUUACAAGCUGUGUGAGAUUGGUUGGUUUUGAACAGAGCCUGGAUACAUUCAAGGAGUGAGUCGGCUUAGCCAAUUCUUUCUCAUCCCUUCAUUUGAGAGCACCAAGUAAACCUUAAACACAGUCAUCUUGGAGUUAUUUUUAAUAUUUAUGUCUAUCCCAGCAUACCCAGAAGAAAAUUCCAUUUGGCAAUUCACCUACAUAAACUAGCUCAUAAUGCAUUGUAUGCUGUGCUCUUGUGAACAGUGAAUAUGCCUUCUCUCAGAUUUCUUUGAAGAUGCUUGCUGUUCUCUCAAACCUGCUAUUUCACUGAAGAAUUAUUGGGUCCUUUAGUGUCGGGAUUUUCCACAAGUUUGUGUCAUUUCUCAAAAACAAGUCUUGCGAAAAUGCAUGCAGUCCAAACUUAUUUUUCUGUCCAUCAUGAAGAACUGCUAUGUCUCUCUCGUAACUUAAUUCUGAAGGGAUUUUAAAGAGAUCAUUGUUUUAUUUGACUUUUUAUGGACGUGGGAAACAACUUUUUAUAAGUGAAGCUUUUUAUGGAGGCUAAACUGAUCCAUCACCAGUAAGUGAGAAAAUUGACCCAUAAAUGUGACUGACAAAUUCACUUUGAGGAAAAGGCAUAACUAAGCAACCGUAGCUUCAUCUCUAACCGUGAAUUUUAUUUGAAAAAGACAAUUUCUUUUGUCACGUUUUUAAACAAUCCACAGAGAAGUUACCUCUUUCAUUUUUCGGGUCAUAUUUUAUGAUGAGGCUAGUAAUAUUCCUCUAUUUUUCUUUCCUCACUUGGCAACCAAUGGCUCAGGAACUUUGAAGUGUAUGGCUUACACUUUUUCCCUAAUUUACGUUUCUCUGUUUCUAUGGACUGACCUUACAUUAGGAGUGACUCCUGCUCUUACUCUAUCUGUAAUUGUGUUUUUAAAGUCCUACGUCCGAAGAAAAUGUUAAUCUGCAUGCUGAUUUGUUGUUUAUCAUAGGUAAACCUCUGAGAUAGUGGACACUGAUGCGUCCUUAGAUAACGUCUAUUUUAGUGUGACAGGUAUGUAGGUACUAUUUAUACAAACCUAUCAGGGAGAUCUGACCAGUCCAUGUCGAUCCAGAGACCUCUCACUUUUUAGAGGUGAAAAUCCAUGAAAAAAUUAAAGACUCGAAAUUUUGAGGGCCUGAAAAUCAGCUAGUACAGAGAAGUGUCCACUAACAGAGGUUUACUUGAAAUUUAUUUUUGUCUUGAUUUUAAAAAUUCUCUGUGAACUCUCGCUUGAUCCCAUGAUUUUCUUGCGGGUUGGACAUAACCUAAAUUAACCAAUUACGAGUUCACAACUUUCAAAUGCUUGGUGUGCCUAAUAAUAAUGAGUUCUAUGUUCAUUACAGAAAAGAUACACAUUCUUGCACCCAUUAGUGUAUUAUUUUCUGUAAGAUGUUAUGAUUUUUGGUUAGUUAUUUCUUUAAGGUUAUCUUUAUGGUUACUAUAAUUCUCUCAAUGUACUUUUUUAUCGUUGUUUUAUUUUAUCUCUCUCUCUUUUUUGGAUAUGAAUCACUUAUUAUUGCAAUUAUUCCUGUUCUGUUUUUCUCCAUACCUUCUCUCAUGCAAAAAAUUCUCUCUUAUUGCUUGUGCAUUUUGAAUUUCAUGACCAGUCAAAAUGUUUCCUGGUCUAUUACAGUUUCUCUUAAAGAGGAGAGAACAUUUUUGUAUUUUGUGGCCAGAAUCGACGACUUAGCUCCGAGAGAAAUCGAGAGCUUUUUUCAAUGUAAUUUUUUGUAAUUUUAUCUUGUACAGAUGUUUUUUGUUCCAAUAUCAACUCGAUUGUGUAAAUAAAAAGAAGGGAAACAAGCAAAUAAGUUCGGUCUGUGCAAUUUUCAUAAAGAGAUUCCUUUUGACUGUAAGUCAGCAGAAUAACCAGUGCCUAAUAACACUCAAAUGAAUAAUGCAAUUUUUCUCUAAAAUAUUUAAGAUGUUAGAGAAAUUUCAAGUCAUUAUUAAGAGCUAUAAUUAGUAAAUCGUUUUAUUGUAUUUUCUUUAUUCCGAGACCAAAUUUUCGAGGGUUUUUUCUUUCUGUUGCUUGACUGCGUGAAGACUGGAUAUUUUCAGUUACGUGCAAAAUGACUGUAGCCUUCUUUCGAGUUAAGUUCGAGUCUAAAAAAAAGUAUUAUCGGCUCAUAGGGAAUCUUAUUAUAAGAAAGGUGUCAAAAAUUGCAAGGAUUAACCUGUCUAAAUUCUACUCUUGAAGUGAAAGGAGAACUCUAAAAUAUUGUCUUGUUUUCUUUUCUUUUUCUUUUUUUUGGACCCACCUUGUUCUCAUAAAGGAGGUUGGAUUGGCUUCAAGUACAUUUCCUUUUUCUUUCCAGGAUUCAUUCUUACAUUUUUGUAACAUUUUUAUUCUGAAUUAUCUUCCUAAAGGUAUUUGUAUGUUUGCUCUAACCAGAGAAGGCCUGUGAAAGUUUCUGUACAUCAUUUUGCAUUUUAACUUCUAUUUCGGUCUAUAAUAAAAUAAAUGACAAAUAGUAGAUAUUUUAUUG